AUUCUCCCAGCGGACAGCUCAGUCCGCGACUGGCGGCGACUGCAGGUGGACUAACCUUUGUUGCUCGUCCGCUCGCCCGCCCGCCCGGCGAGGGAAGGUCAGCCCGGGAGAACCGAGAGGAAGACCCACCGGGCGGGCGGACAAGAGAUCGAAGCCCGCGGCGGGAGCGGGGAAGGCAUCAGGUAGUGGAGAAAGAGAGAGUCGCUUCUGCUAAGACGGACAAAGUUCUCUCUCUGAUUCGGUAAAGAUCCAACUCCCCAUGGAGGCCAUCGCGGAAGAGGAUGAAAAUGCGAGCUUGCUGGGCAACGGGGAAGUGACAGAGCCCAAGGUGGCAACCUGUUGGAUGGUGAGGCCUGACUAUAUGGAAUUCAACCGGGAUUUGCUGGAGGAAAACAUGUACGAGUUUCCUGGGAUUUCUAUGGUCGAGGAGGGGAGCCAUUCAGAAGCUGCGGUUGAAGCGGCUUCCUUUUGUGCAAAAGGCCCCGGCUGUACCAGCACCCUCCCAGACUCCUUUAACGACCAGAAAUCCACGGUUAGAGAGAAACCCUACAAGUGCUCCUUCUGCGGGGAAAAUUUCAAGCAGCGUUCCUACCUGGUCAAGCACGAGAGGACGCACACGGGGGAAAAACCCUACAAGUGCUCGGUGUGUGGGAAAAGCUUCAGCCAGAGUUCCCACAUCAUUACGCACGAGAGGACUCACACAGGAGAGAAACCCUACCAGUGCUCGGACUGCGGGAAGAGCUUCAACCGCAAAGCCAACCUCCUGGCUCACGAGAGGACCCACACGGGGGAGAAACCCUACGCCUGUUCCGAUUGCGGCAAGUGCUUCAGUCAGAGUUCGUGGCUGAUGGCUCAUAAAAUCAUCCAUACCGGGGAGAAGCCGUUCAAGUGUUUGGUCUGCGGGAAGCGCUUCAAUAACCGCUCGAGUCUCAUUAAACACAAGCGGUCCCACUCGGAAGAGAAACCCUACAUUUGCUCGGACUGCGGGAAGUCCUUCAAGGAGAGCUCUAAGCUUAUUAAACACCAAAGGAUUCACACGGGCGAGAAGCCGUACCGGUGCCCGUUGUGCGGCAAAGGUUUCUGCUUCAAGUCCAGCCUGAGCCAACACGAGCGGACGCACACGGGGGAGAAGCCCUAUACCUGCUGCGUGUGCGGGAAAACCUUCCGGCAGAAAUCGCAUCUCAUCAGGCACGAGAAGAUGCACAUGGGAGACAAGUCCUACUCUUGUUGAGACUGCCGAAAAACCAUCGGCUGGGGCUCCAGAUAGCCACAGGAUAGACGUUCUCCCUGCAGGGAGAGAAACAGUUGAAGUUCAGCCAGCCCCUGUGGUCUCAGAAGUAAAAAGGAAAAAAAAGCAAAUGAGGAAUUGGAAGGACAGUGAUUUGGGACUUGAAAAACGAAUUCAUUUAAGCCUGCUUUGUAAAUCUUUUUGCAAUUUUCUUUUUUCUAAUAAAAGAAAACCAAAGUAGAUCUCC